UCUGUCUUUCAGUUGCAAUCUCUUCGCGUCAUGCAUACACACACACACACACACACAUAUCGUAGCAUACGUCAAAGUUAUCAUUACGAGUGGAGCCUUCAAUCGAGCCGUUUAGUCAUCGAUAACGAAUGUGUCGCUUUUCAAAUGUAUUAUCAUUUUGUUAAUCGAGUUUAACGCGAAUCGAGUGGGCGUAUUUUCGAGAGGACCGUGCUUCAAAUUUCCUACAAGUUCGAACAAAUUAGAUGCACACAUUGCAUAGUUUUUUUCUAGUCGGCAUUGCAUCCGCGUCGGGCGAACGCGCGCUUGCACGCACUUACGCAUACACACACAUUUGACAAGAGAAUUUUUCUUCUAGAUGCGGAUUCCUACGCGUACCGCCCCUCGUCCACCUGUCAAUUCUCUUCCACAAAGAAGCAAUGUCUGGGGUAGCACGAAUGAUAUUUUUGCUACCAAUUUGAUAAGCCAACCGAUUCAGAAGAAGAAGCCACCACCGCGUCCACCUCCGCCUAAGUUCAAUCAGUGCCAUAUGCAAACUCAGAGGGAUCAGAAAUUAAAAAAACCGACUCGACCUACAGAACUUUUAUCUAAUUUCUUUGCGUGGAAAGCAGCCAAGCAAGAAUACUCCAAUACGUCUCGUUCUACUUUGAAUUUGUCCCAGGUCUCGUGCCAGUCUUCUAAUACCAAUGGAGCACUAUCUUUGAUAGAUCUUAGUCCGCCUGGCUCUCCUACAUUCACUACGCGUUCUAGCAGCGAUGGUGUUAGUAUAGAUAGUUUUGGUAGCGAUGGUAAUUCCAAUCCUUCUGCGUUUACCAGCAGUGGAAAUACCUCUCAAACAGAAAGUGCCUUCGAAGAUGAUUUUGACUUUUUUGGCAUGUCUAAUAAAAAGUUUCCGAGCAACGAUCCAUGGCAAAUGAAGCCAGUGUCGGAUCCAUUUGGACCGAUAGAGGAAAGAAAUGCUGGAAGGUUUGAAGAUGUCAGGCAAAUUGGAGAUACCUCCUUUUUUGCUUUCAAUGAUAAUUAUACGGAUAAGCAAGUGCCUUUUGGACAAACUAAUUCUAAAGUGAUUCACUCCGUGCCAACGAUAAUACGUCCAAAGCCACCUAAACCGCCAGCACCAAAGAUAUUAAAAAAACAGUUGGAACAAAAAAUCAAUCAAAUUCAAAGCUCAUCUAAUAACUUACAAAGAACGAUGAGACCUCUUAGCGAACCAAUAUCCCUGGACUUGUCGUAUUCGGUGAAUGACGCGUGGGGCGAUGAUCUUAAAGAGGAGCCUUCUCCCCCGAUGCCAACAAUACCGCCACCAGCACCACCUUUGGAAUACUUAACUCAAUCUGAAAACGAAUUUCAGGAAAACUGUAAAACACCCUAUGGUAUCGCACUUUACGACUUUCCUGUCACACAUUCGGAUGAUUUACCUUUAAAGGAAGGGGACAUUGUUACCUUGAUAAGAGUUGUCAACGACGAUUGGAUGGAAGGAAGGGUGGGAAAUCGACAAGGAAUAUUUCCAAUCAACUUUCUCGAUAUAAAAGUUCCGUUACCUGGAUUACAAGACGACAUUGUUGUUGCCCUGUAUUCUUUUAAGGGAGAGACCUCAGAAGAUUUGCUGUUUGAGGAGCCAAAAUUAAAGUUUUAUCAAGACUAUCGGACGACUGGUUAUACGGCGAAUGCAAAGGUAAAAAGGGUCAAUUUCCAACUAAUUAUGUUAACAGAAUUCCAUACAGUAUUUCGCAUUCAACAUAAUCAUCGUUUUACAAUUUUGGGCCUUAGAAUGUAAUAAUUGCUUUGAUAUUGCAAACAUUUUCUAUUAUUCGUUUGAUAUUUUCAAUGGAAUAAAUACAUCCAUUAUUUUAAUACAAAAUUUCGAAAAAAUUUCUACGGCAAAAAAGUAUAAGUUUUUAUAAAAUUUUACUCGUAUAAGAGAAGACUGAAUUAUACACGCAUAUAGAAAGAAAAAAACAAUAAGAAACUAUUUCAAAUAAUUGUUGCCUUUGAAAUCAAGAUCAUAUUCUAAGUACAUUUAUUUCUUAGGAAGGACAUUGUUUAGUAUUACAAUAAAAAAUAUCUUUCUAUUUUGUAGCAUAUUGAUUGUAUUAGAGAGUACUGCAGAAUAUUUUUAAUAACAUCUUUAUAUUUGCGCAAAUGUUUGCAAUAUAUAUUGAAUUACAAUUUUUAUCUCGUUUUAAUAGCAAUUCGUAUUUAUACAAUUGAAUGAAAACAUGUGUUGUAUUAUUUAUAUACUUUGUAGUUAAAAGUUACAUACUAUUAACUGCACAGUGUUGUAGCAUAUCUUGUUAUAAAUUAUUUUUCAUUAAAUAUAGAAAAG